UACGGAGCGGGCGGGUGUGUGCUAGUGUUUACAACCGAAGACUGUCAAUCAUUUCUUUACCGUAAAAAGGACCAUCGCUUCAUCAAUAUUUCGAUUUCUACUUACAAUUGUCAAAUCGAUAAUGGCAAAAAUCGAUCGACAACUUUCUACGUGCAGAUGUCUAAUAAAAUGAAGUGAAUUUAUAUCAAUAUUAGGAGCUUCAUCUGUUGCAGUCACACAGCUGGAGAAGUGCAGAUGGAGUGGGUGUUUGUGAUGAACCGUAUGAGCGCUCAGAGCAGCUCUACGGUGCAGCGGCGGCGGAUGGCUCUCGGCGUCGUCAUCCUGCUACUUGUUGACGUCAUCUGGGUGGCCUCCUCCGAGCUCACCUCAUACAUUUUCAAGCAACAGGAGUACAACAAGCCCUUUUUCAGCACAUUCACAAAGACCUCCAUGUUUGUGCUGUAUCUUUUGGGGUUCUUGUUAUGGAGGCCUUGGAGGCAGCAGUGCACUGGGACAAUCAAGAGAAGACACUCUGCUUUUCUUUUCCAGUUUGCAGAUGCAGAGGCCUACUUCGCUCGCUGCAACACUGAUACAGCUGGUGACAACUGUUUGAGUGAACCACUAUAUGUUCCAGUCAAGUUCCAGGACAUCCCAAAUGAGACUUCCUGCAGUUUAAUUGGAGACUGUGAAACAUCUUCCAAAAAGCAGCGUGUUCGUUUCAGUAACAUUAUGGAGGUCCGACAGCUCCCCUCCACCCAAGCUCUGGAGGCCAAAUUGUCUCGAAUGUCCUAUCCGGCCGCUAAAGAUCACGAGGCCAUGCUCCAGACUGUGGGGAAACUCACUAUCACUGAUGUGGCCAAAAUCAGUUUCUUUUUCUGCUUUGUGUGGUUUCUUGCAAAUCUCUCAUAUCAGGAAGCCCUGUCUGACACACAAGUGGCUAUAGUCAACAUACUGUCCUCAACUUCAGGUCUGUUUACUCUCAUCUUAGCGGCCAUUUUCCCCAGUAACAGCAGUGACCGGUUCACUUUAUCCAAAUUGCUGGCUGUGGCUUUAAGUAUGGGGGGAGUAGCUCUGGUCAGUCUUUCCAGUAUGGACAACCAUGAUGAGAAGGGCGCUAUAGGCUCGUUGUGGUCCCUGGCUGGAGCCGUGCUUUAUGCUGUGUACAUUGUGAUGAUAAAGAGAAGAGUAGAUCGGGAGGAUAAACUGGACAUCCCAAUGUUUUUUGGGUUUGUGGGUCUGUUUAACCUGCUCCUCUUGUGGCCGGGGUUCCUUCUUCUUCAUUACACUGGGUUUGAGGUGUUUGAGCUCCCGAGUCAGUUGGUCUGGACUUACAUCCUCAUCAACGGACUCAUAGGAACUGUACUGUCUGAGUUCCUGUGGCUGUGGGGCUGUUUCCUCACUUCAUCUCUAAUUGGGACAUUGGCUUUGAGCCUCACUAUCCCUCUCUCUAUUAUGGCUGACAUUUGUAUGCAGAAGGUGCGUUUCUCAUGGCUGUUUUUCGCCGGAGCCAUCCCCGUGUUCCUCUCCUUCUUCAUUGCAACUCUUUUGUGCCACUACAACAACUGGGACCCGGUGCUGGUGGGACUGAGGAGGGUCUACAGCUUCAUCUGUAGAAAACAUCGGCUGCAGAGACUCCCAGACGACAGUGAACAGUGCGAAAGUCUGAUUCCUCUAAACACCAUCUCUCCACACGAGGCCGACUAUUGCUCCUGAUCAGACCAGUCACGAUUUCCUGUGAGUUUAAACUGACUGAGAUGAAAUGAACUGACAAUCUCUGAGACAUUCACCUGUGCCUGCUCCUCAUUCAACUAUUUAUUUAACUUUAUGAAGAAGACUCAAGCUACACUACAUGCCUGUUUUGGACAUUUGCAGAUUUUCUUUCUACUAUUACUAGAUAGUACUGAAGGUGCUGGACAGUCAUCAAUAUGUGACCAAAACAAAAUGGUACGACUUGAAAAUGGCUGUAAACAAGGCCAAAAUGCUGUGUUUAAAUAUAUAUAAUACCACUAAUUGUUCCCCGUACAAUUUGCCUAUAACUUUAAAACACCCUAUAGCUGCUGUAUAGGCAAAAAUAAAUGCACACUAAUAUUUACUUGCCGUCUCAUGUGAAGUUGAAAUGACUCAAGUUUGUAAUAUGGGCCUAAUUUUGCAAUGUUAUACAAAUUCUGGCAUAAAUAAAUGCUUUAUCUAUCCUCAAAUGGCAGGGUUUUGCUAUUAAUAAUUUGGUUAGUUACCAACCCUUGCUUGAAGUUGGUAUACAGUAUUUGGCCCUUUCUGACAAAUGUAUAAAGGUAACAGGGUAACACUUCCACUUCUACACUUUAGUAGGUCCCCAGAUGUUUCGCAAACAAUUCAUACGUCACAGUUCAUGACAAUGGACAAAAGAUAAGAAUAAAAAAAAGAUAAUUUAAGUGAAAUGAAAAGUGAAACAAUAAGAACCUUAGUAAAGCAUGAACUAAGACUUAACAAAUUGUUCGUUAAGAAUGACUCAGGCUUUGGAUAUUAAUUAAGUAGUUACUAACUCCUAACUAUUUAACUGAGUAGUUACUAAACCUGAGUCAUUCUUAACAAACUUAAUAAAUAAACUUAUAAACUUAAUUAAUAAACUAUUUGCACAUUAGAAAUUAAAGGUGUAACAUGUAACUUUUGUGGAUGAGAGUCCACCACCUGCUUGUCUCUAUGGAGAUGCUAAUACUUGGCCUGGAUUGCUCCGCAGUAUGAUAUAAUCUUUAUGAAGAGAAGCAGGUGAAAAGUUCUGUGUCAGAUCUAUGGAAAUGCACUGUGUUUGUGUUUUAAGGUGUUAUUUUGCAGUUAAAACACUUAUUUGAGUGUUUUGAAACUCAACUACCCUGCAUUUAUUCAAUUAUGUAACAAAAUCCUAUGAAACAUUUCAUGCAAAGCAGUAGUAUCAUCAUGGAACCACAAAAGUUACACAAUGCACCUUUAAGUCUAUCUUCUUUAUGCUUUAUUAUGGUUAUAAGGUUCAUUCAGAUUUAUUUAUGUUUGAAUUUGUUGCAUCUACCUAAAAAAAUCCUAAACUAUCACUGAAAUUCUUAUGUAUAAAAUCUUUUUGAGCCAACUUAAAAUGUUUAGAACAUUUCCAGAGAAUUUAUUUUCCAUGAUUAUUAGCGCUAUUAUUAUAUCUAUUGGGGGUGAAACGGGUUGAUUUAUUGAUAAUAAGGUCCUCUUAAGCUCUUCAUCUUUCAUAAUUUUACACUCUCUAAAAAUUCAAAAUUUCAACAUUUUAUUUCAUUGAUUAUUUGAAGCGUCCAAUGACUUUAAAAAGCUGUAAAAAUUUUAUGUUAUUUUUAUGUAGUUUUUUCUGUUGCCUCAUGUGUCUACGCUGAAGGAGUUUUGUCAAUAUUGUCUGGCUCAUUCUGUGAAGUUUAUUGUUCAGUUUUAUGGAGUGUUUUCAUUGCCGUGACUGGACUGACCGCAGAAGUCACUAUCCGCCUUUUAUGGAUCUACAAACUGUAUUGACUUUUACUGUUGCACUUGUUAUCUCACGUUUGCCAAUCAUCUUAAAUCUGUCAAAACUGCACUCUUGUUUUGAGUUUGUUUUUAAAAAUUACUUUAUAAAUGGUGCUUUUCUGUUGGGUUCAGUGCAGUUUCAUUAUAUAUUUAAGUGUCUUAAAUGAAGAUUUAAAGGCUGUGAUUCACUGUAAUUUUAUUGUUUUAGUCCAGAAUUUUAUCAUCAUAUUUACAGUGCACUAUUAAAAUGUAUCU